CUUCUAUAGCGCUCGUGUAUCGUGUAGGUAAUGAUUUUAGUCUUAAAACUCAAAUGAAUUGAAUUUGUAAAUUAAUAAUGGGUGGACAAAAGUUCGAAUAUGAUGAGAGUGGAUCUACGUUCUUUUAUUUUGUCCUCUCGUUCCUCGCUCUAAUCUUAGUGCCGGCGACAUUUUAUUAUUGGCCCAGGAAAAGAAAAGAAGACCCAGAGAAACGUGCAGAACUAUGUCAAUGCCCCAAUUGUGUAAAAAAACAGUUAAUCAUAGAGCAGUCACAACCAUACAAGGGUGUAAAAAAUUUCUUUGUAAAACUAGCAAUAAUAUCUGGAUGGGUGUUACUCGGUUUUCUUGCAUACAAAGUUUCACAAUUUGAUUAUGAAAUGUCAAAUUUUGAUCCUUAUGAAAUAUUAGGCUUGCCACCUGGUGCAACUCAGGCUGAAAUUAAGAGGUCUUACCGUAAACAAUCAUUGAUCCUUCAUCCUGACAAAGAAACGGGUGAUGAAAAAGCUUUCAUGAAACUCACAAAGGCUUACCAGGCUCUAACAGAUGAUGAAGCAAGAAGGAAUUGGGAGAAAUAUGGCAAUCCUGAUGGUCCCGGUGCUAUGAGUUUUGGUAUUGCUCUACCAAGCUGGAUUGUGGAGAAGGAGAACAGUGUGUGGGUGCUUGGACUCUAUGCACUUGUGUUCAUGGUUGCUUUACCUACUGCCGUGGGUACAUGGUGGUAUAGAAGUAUUCGUUUUUCUGGAGAGCAAGUUUUGUUGGAUACAACACAGUUGUAUUUCUAUUUCUGUCACAAAACCCCAUCUAUGCCUUUAAAAAGGGCACUUAUGAUUUUGGCUGCAUCAUGUGAAUUUGAUAAGAGGCAUAACUCAGAAAUUGUAGAAAGGAUUACUGAUAAUGAAGAAGUACCUAUGUUGCUUCGUGAAUUACCUAAUCUUGGCGAGAAGAAUAAAGAGCAGCCACUCUGUAGGCCGUACAGUAUAAAAGCGCGGGCUCUCCUCCACGCGCACCUAUCUCGCAUGCGUUUACCCGCCGACACGCUCGAAUGCGACCGUCGCUACAUCGUGUCGCGGUGCCCCGAUCUCAUUGUCGAGAUGGUCAACUGCGUCAAUCAGCUCAUCGCCCUUGCUUACGCCCGCAGAAUACCUCGUCUGCCAACUAUUGAAACAAUUGAGAACUGUAUGAAAUUGUCUCCGAUGAUAGUGCAAGGGUUAUGGGAAUAUAAAUCACCUCUCCUACAGUUACCAUAUAUUACAGAAGAUCAUCUUAAAUACUUUACAAACAGGAAGAAACACAUUAAGUCGAUGCUCCAACUGGCACAGCUGCCAGGCGAAGAAAGAAGGCAGGUGCUGAAAUUCCUUAAUGAUAAACAGUAUGAUGACUUAAUGAAAGUACUGGGAAACAUGCCUUAUAUACAUUUCCAAGUUAAUACUGAGGUUGUCGAUGACGAGAAUUCUACAGUGGUGACGGCGGGUGCCAUUGUUACCGUGACAGUAUUUUUAAGGCGGACUAAUAUGAAAGAGCUUUUUGGUGACACCACUAUCAAAGAGAAAGACACAAUCAAAGAUGAAGAGGACGGUACCAAUGAAGAGAAAGGAGAUAAUGAUAAGAAAGGAGAUAAUGAUAAGAAAGGGGAAAAUGAUAAAAAGGAAACAUUCAAAAGGCCUGUAUGGAUGAAGCAGAAUAGAAAGCCUCAAUCGAAGAAAACUAAGAAACCUGCAGCGAAACAACCAGCAAAACCGGCUGCUGGGCAAGCACCGCCCGCUAAUGAUGUUAAGGAAACAAAGGAAGCUAAAGACCCCAAGGAACCGAAGAAGUCGAAGGAACCAAAGAAAAAAGAAGACGAUGAUGACGAUUCAGAGGAUGGCAGUUCAGACGAGUCUGUAUCACACGCGUCCGGGUCUGAGGAUGAGUCUAGGGACAAAUCGUCCGCGCCCGACGACGACGACGACCAGUGGGACAAGUUCCAGAAACGACUGCAGAAGAGGGAACGUCUAGAAGGACGCUCCAAGAGUUCACAUCCGGUCCAUUGCCCGUACUUCCCACAGGAGAAACAGGAGUACUGGUGGUGUUACAUAUGCGAUCGCAAAUCGCACACGUUACUAACUGCGCCCGCGCACGUGACCGCGCUAGUUGACACCCACGAGUUGCAACUGCGCUUCACGGCGCCACGCUGGCCCGGCGUGUACACGCUCGCGUGCUGUCUACGGUCAGAUUCGUACAUCGGCAUGGACCAGCAACAAGACAUGAAGUUGGACGUUAAAGAGGCGGCCGCCGUGCCAGCGGAACAUCCGCAAUGGGAUCUCAGUGAUUCAGACACGGAUAACAAUGACCAGGGAGGCAACGAAAGUGAAUUCACAACAGAUGACGAAGUGGAUGAAGAGUAG